CGAAUGUGAAUCAACUUCAAAGCGCUGGCUUGUGAUGAACAGAGUCGCUUAUCAUAUCAAGAGGAUUCGCUAACCACACAGAAUAUUAUAAUAUGGAUGAAUCACCAGGAGACGAGCAUGUUGCUUUCAAGCAAUGGGCGGAAUCUCAAGGCGUCUUGAUCAAGGGCAUUACUCCGGCGAGGUUUCCCGGGCGGCGGCUGGGUAUGGUUGCCACAAGGGCCAUAAAAGAGAAUGAAAUUAUACUGUCUGUCCCCGUAGCGGUGAUGCUUACCAUUGAUUCCAUCCCAUCGUCGUUUGUCCGUUCUUUUCCCGCGGGAACUUCCAUUCAUGGAAUCCUCGCGGCUUUCCUCACCCAGGGCAACUCCGAUUUAUUGAGUAAAUGGGAUACAUGGCGGAGAGUAUGGCCCUCAUGGCAGGAAUUCGAAGAUAGUAUGCCCGUUUUCUGGCCGGAACAGCUACGGGUUUCGAACUCUGAGUUCCAGAAAACGAGAGAUGGUGGUGGCUCUAGCCCUGUUCUCUUGCCUCCGUCUAUAUCUGGGCGGUGGAAUUCACUUAAGAAGCGACAGCUCAAAGUUAACUAUGAGAUGAGGUAUCAGGACCUUCUUCGUCAGCAAGAGAAGCGACUCAAGGAUGCAUGGGCUCAUGUUAUUACCGCGUACCCUGAGACGGAUUGGGAGAACUUUGCGCACCACUGGUCUAUUAUUAACUCGAGAAGCUUUUAUUACAUUUCUCCUGGGAAAGAGGAGCCAGAGGACUGGAACGAUGCCAUUGCGAUGGUUCCUUUUGCCGAUUACUUCAAUCACGCUGAUGAUGCGGCUUGCGAUGUUAAAUUUGAUGGGAGAAAGUAUACCUUCAUGGCAACUAAAAGUUACGAGAAGGGAGAAGAGGUAUACAUGAGCUACGGAUCUCACUCUAAUGAUUUCCUUCUCGUUGAAUAUGGCUUCUGUCUCGACGAGAACCCAUCCGACGGCAUAUUCCUAGACGACAUCAUCCUCAAAGCACUAACAAUGGAGGAGAAAAAAGAACUGGCAGCUCAAGAGUGUUUCGGAAAUUACGAAAUCACUUCCGCAGGCCCAAACGCCAACACCACUCUUGUCGCAUGCCUAAAAUACAUGCGCCGGGAAGACUGGCUGAAUUAUGUUUCCGGAAAAUCCCAGCGAGGCUUUGAUGCGAGGAAAACAACAGCUCUUAUCUGCGCAUGGGUUGAUGUGUAUCUUGAGGAGAGUCGGGCAUCGAUAGGGAUUAUCCAGGAUCAGUAUAAUGCGGCAUCAUCGGACUCGGAGAAGUCCAUACGGGAGAAAAUGGAUGUGGCGCUCUCUCGGUGGAAACAGAUUCAAGAGAUAUGUGAGAAUGCCGUGCGGGUGAUGAGAGUGUAGACUGCAUCUUCUGUCUCUUUCCCCCCCCCCCCCCC